AUUUAUUUGGUAGCUGGAAGCUAUUUGAAGUGUAACAAAUUCUGUAGUUUUAGGUUUUGUUCUGCUAUUUCUGUGCUUCCUUUCUCUUCUUUUUUUAGUAUAUAAUUUGGACAUACAUAUGUAGAUUUUUUCAAUUGAUUCAGGUACUGAAAUUAUUUGAUUGCCUGAAAUGAGUGAAAAGAAUUCACCUCCUGGGUCACCCAAACAAAACCCAGAUCAGAAUUUGGAGACUAACCCAUUGCCCAAAGAUGACAGCUCACUGGAAACAAUUGUUCGAAAGAUUCAGGAUUCCAUGUCCUUACCCAAGAGACACAAGUUCUGGGAAACUCAACCUGUUGGUCAAUUUAAGGAUUUUGGGGACACAAGUUUACCCGAGGGACCUAUCGAGGCCCCCACCCCAUUAUCUGAAGUGAAACAGGAACCUUAUAACCUUCCAAGUCCAUAUGAAUGGACCACCUGUGAUAUGAAUUCAGAAGAGACUUGCACUGAGGUUUAUAAUCUUUUGAAGAAUAAUUAUGUCGAGGAUGAUGAGAAUAUGUUUAGAUUCAAUUACUCCAAGGAGUUUCUUGGCUGGGCUUUGCGUCCUCCUGGUUACUAUAAGAGCUGGCACAUUGGCGUUCGUGCUAAGGCUUCAAAGAAACUUGUUGCUUUCAUUACUGGUAUCCCCGCGAGAAUAAGGGUGCGGAAUGAAGUUGUGAAGAUGGCCGAGAUCAAUUUCUUGUGUGUUCAUAAGAAGCUGAGAUCAAAAAGACUUGCACCCGUGAUGAUUAAGGAGGUUACUAGGAGAGUUCAUUUGGAGAAUAUUUGGCAGGCAACAUACACAGCCGGAGUUGUUCUUCCAACACCAAUUACUACUUGCCAGUAUUGGCAUCGGUCGUUGAACCCCAAGAAGCUUAUUGAUGUUGGCUUUUCUAGGCUUGGGCCUAGGAUGACAAUGAGCCGAACCAUUAAACUCUACAAGUUACCUGAUUCUCCAGGAACCUCUGGGUUCAGAAAGAUGGAGCUUCGUGAUGUCCCUGCCGUUACCAGGUUGCUUAGAAACUACUUGAGCCAGUUUGUUGUUUCUCCAGAUUUUGAUGAGAACGAUGUGGAGCAUUGGCUGCUUCCUACAGAGGGGGUUGUGGAUAGUUACUUGGUUGAGAGCCCAGUGACGCAUGACGUUACUGACUUCUGCAGCUUCUACACGCUUCCCUCAUCAAUUCUUGGCAACCAGAACUAUUCCAUUUUGAAAGCUGCCUAUUCUUACUACAACGUCUCCACUAAGACUCCAUUGCUUCAGCUGAUGAAUGAUGCUCUUAUUGUUGCUAAGCAGAAGGAUUUUGAUGUUUUCAAUGCACUUGAUGUCAUGCAUAAUGAACCUUUCCUCAAAGAGCUGAAAUUCGGACCUGGUGAUGGGCAACUUCACUACUACCUCUAUAAUUAUCGGAUACAAAAUGCUUUGAGACCAUCAGAACUUGGUCUUGUACUCCUAUAGUUUGACAUCCUUCAGCAUUGUUCUUGCAUUUUUGUUUCCAAAUUAGGUCUGGAUUGCAUCA